GUAAGAGGGUUACUCUGAAGCCUGAAGACAUGACCACAGAGAAGAUAUCGGUUAUUUUCCAGGUCCAAAAGGAAACCGUUUAUUUGACAGACGACACCAACGUGGCCAUAUUUCCCCGACCUGAUGGUGACUUCAACUGCUUUGACCUCAUCGCCAGAGGUCAUUAUGAAGUGCAUGGCGAUGGCACCACUGAGGAAAAAUCUGCAGGGGCACAUCCCUCAGGCCAGGCUGCCCGCUUUUCUUUCCACCGCCCACCAAGCACUGCCACAGCCUCCCCCUGUCCAAUGCCAAGGAGCACCACCAAAACCUUUGUGAGGAAUGUCUUAAUUGCUGAAGUCCUGAAUGGAAAGCUAGACACCACCAAGAUGGUUACAGUCCGCUUCUCAGAGUUUGAGGCUUGUGUGGCAACAAUAACCAGUAAGGUGAAAGAGGCCCUUGGACAACAGGAGUCAUUUAUUUUGACAGAUAGUCAGGGAAACGAAAUAAUUGACUCUGAUGGUACUAGAGGGUCAGCAUACUGGAAGCAAAAUUCCAGGAAAAUAUUUGCAGUGCCUGAACCACAGAUGGAACUGCUACAAGUCAAUAAAAGGAAGAGGUUGAGUCGAAGAGAAGAUACUGGCCUUCAAGAGGUUAUGGCAGACAUUGAAGAGGUUGUCGAAGCAGCCCAGGGACUGAAGGAAGUGACGAAGGUCCUCUAG